GAUGACGUGCUUUGGUCGGGACCGGGUGAGUGGCGCAGAGCUGAAGCACCAUGGUUGCUCGCCGCCUCCUACUGGUUGGGGAGGGGAAUUUCUCCUUCGCCGCCUCUUUGAGCGAGUUCCAAGGGCCCGGCACUAAUCUCAUCGCCACCUGUCCCCAGGAACCCACAGCCCUGAUCGGGGAUCCAGUGUUCCAGGAGAACCUACAACGCUUGCGCGAGCGAGGUGCUGAGGUGCGCUUUGGAGUGGACUGCACCCAGCUGGCAGAUGCCUUUGCAGCGGAUGGCUGGAAGUUUGAUCGCAUUUAUUUCAACUUUCCUCACUGCGGACGCAAAGCUGGAGUGGCGAAGAACAGGCAGCUCCUGGCCAGGUUUUUCCAGAGCUGUGCUGAUGUCCUUGCAGAGAAAGGGGAGGUCCAUGUAGCAUUGUGCAGAGGACAAGGCGGAACUCCAGCUGAUUGUCCCAGGAGAGAAUGGCAUAAUAGUUGGCAAGUAGUGGCUAUGGCAGCCGCAGGAGGACUCAUCUUGAGCAGCAUUCAUCCUUUCAACUCUGAUGCUGUGCCAGGGUACAAGUGCACUGGAUACAGGAGUCAGAACAAGGCCUUCCAUGUUGAAGGUGCUUUGAACCAUGUCUUCACCCGGAGCUUACCUUUUCAAGAAUCCCAGCCCAUGAUCUGCAGAGUUAGAUUGGAUGAUCAUUGGCUUUCCUUCUCUGUACCAGAAGCCCUGGUAGGGAAGAUAAACAGGGGUUUCCUUGAAACAAAUUCAAGUCAUCCUGUCAAGAUCAUAAAUGAAAAGCUGAUUGCUGAGCUUGGUAAAACUAUGUCACUUCAAAGGCUGAAAUGCCCAGCUCCUUUGCUUCCAGAGAAAGGUUGUGAUAGUCACAUUGCCUGGAGCUCUGACACUCCAUCAGCUUCCUUUUGGAUCGUUUCCCAAAAAGAGAAAAUUCCACAUUCUGAGUUACUGGUUGGUGAAACAAGAUGUGAUAUGGAGGAGUUCCUGGAGUCAUUUUCAAGGCUCCAUCUUGAGAAAGACACUGAGUGGAACAGAGAACAAAAGAUCCAGAGGAAAAUCCAAAGCCCAACAAAGUUCCAUCUCAGACCUUCCCUUCUAGUUUAUGCACAGGAUAUCAUCCAAGGAUCCGACUUCUUCCCAGGGUCUCUGCACAUCCUCAGUGGUCCUGUGUUUAGGAAAUGCCUUAUUUCACCUUUCACGCUGCCAGCAUUUCAUGAGACUUUACUUAUUCAUGGGUUUAAUAAAAAAAUGAAUGAUUCCUCUCUGCAGUUUUUCCUGGGACACCUGAAAGGCUCUCUAUGUGGCCUUCUGACACAGAGAUUGCCAAAUGGCCCUGAACUGAGCAGCUCUCUGACAUUUAAGCCUAAGAAGAACAAAAAAAACUACAUGAUUUGUGUUAAGCCUCCCAAUUUUGGCCCAGAUGAAAUUGUUGGUCUGGUUAUUGGGUCUAUCAUAACAUCUGCUACAAGCCAAGUACACAAAGACUUGGAUUUUGUAUUUGCAUCUGUGAACCUGGAUCUUUUAGCCAUGCUGGUGUGGGGGAUCCCUGACUGGAGAAUUUUAUGGACCUUCGACGAACGUUUUCUGGGUCAUUUUGUCCCUGGAAAAGUGGAACCCUUUAAGACUUUUUCCCUCUAUCCUCCAUCUUAUGUACAUGAUGUUAGCUUUUGGCUAGAUGAGAAGAAAGGGUUUGAUGAAGUAGAGUUUCACACUUUGGCCCGAGCUGUGUCUCAGGAUAUGAUCAUAUCCAUCCAGCUCCUUAAUCGCUUCCAGCACCCCCAAACUGGACGGGUCAGCCUUUGCUAUAGACUGACCUACCAGACUUGUGACAGAGCUCUAAGUCACCAACAGGCAAUAAUGAUUCAAAACCGGUUUAGGACUGAAAUACAGCAGUGUUUACAUGUGACAGUGAGGUAGCUUUGUGGAAUUAUGUCAUUUUCUACAAGUUUUGGCAUAGCUGAAAAGAAUACUAUGUGUUCUUUCUACAUCAAAGACUGUUUCUCAGUUUCUGCCCAGCAGUUAUUUUCCUGAGCCAUUCACAUCUCAACCUAUUGCAUUCUGGUUUCUGUUUCUACCACUUGAUUGAAACUGCUGUGUCCAAGAAGACUCAAAACUCUUAGCUCCUAAAUGCAAUACCUUUUUUCAGUCACUGUUCUUGAGUUCUCUAGCUUUUUAUGCUGCUGACCACUCCCUCCUCCUAAACACUCUGUCUCUGUUUUUCUGACAUUGUCUUCUCCUGGUUCUACCUGUUUUACUAUUUCUUUUCAGUCUUUAUAGCAGCAAAACCAUGUCCUGUUCUCUUUGGAAACUUCCCAACCCUAUUCUGGGCCUUCUCUUCUCUUUGUACAUUCUGUCUUAGUGAUUUCAUCAGACCUCAUGGUUCAGUUAACAUCUCUUUGUCAAUGACUCCAAAAUUUAUAUAUAUCACCUCUUUCCUGAACCUGCUCCACCUACUACCUCAUGAAUAUUUUCAUUUCCUUGUUCCAUAGGCAUCUUAAAUUAAACUUUCUAAAUCAGAAAUCAUUUCCCCUGAAAAAAGCUUACCCUUCUUUCAAAAUCCCUAUUUAUUUUUUUCUACUCCUAUUUUAUUUUUCCCAAUGAACAGGUUAACUCUAUUUUUAAAAUAUAUUUUCAUUGAUAAUUUUGGGGGUUUUUUAUAUCAUCAGAAUCUCCCUCAGUAUUCCUCCACAUACCUUUCUCAGAGAGUCAUGCCAUAUAACAAUUUUUUUAUAAAGAAAAAAAAUCAGAAAAUGUAAUCAAUACAUUACAGAAAUUUGAAAAGAUAUGCAGUGUACAAAUGUGCAAUGAACAAAAGGAGAAGGGUGAGAAUAUCUUCUCAUUUGUCUUUGGGGUCAUACUUAUUUGUACUUUUGCAGCAUUCACUUUUCUCUCUCUCUUUUUUUUUUUUGCUGGGCAAUGGGGAUUAAUUGACUUGCCCAGAGUCACACAGCUAGUAAGUGUCAAGUUUCUGAGGCCGGAUUUGAACUCAGGUACUCCUGAAUCCAGGGACGGUGCUUUAUCCACUGUGCCACCUAGCUGUCCUGCAGCAUUCACUUAUGAUCAUUUUAUGAUUGUGUUUUCCAUUUACAUUGUUGUAUCAAGCAUAUAUUUUUUCUUGGCUCUGCUUCAUGCUGCAUCAAAUUGGGUCUUUCCAUACUUCUCUGUAUUCAUCAUAUUUGCCUUUUCUUACUGUACAGUU